UCCACAAGGACGCUGUUCGGGGAGGGGAGAGGAUUCCAGAUGCCAUUUCCAUUCGUCUAUCAGGCAUUCCCGGAGAUGUUGCAGUCUCUCAGCGCAGUCUCGUCGGACGUCUUACGAGAGACAAGGGGGAGAAGAUGGAGGGAUCGGGUGGAGCGUAGCGGAUCCACGACGACGCCCUCUCCUGGACGAUAUGUGUUCGGAGGUGGAGGGAAGCGGAGGAGGAGGUGGAGGAGAGCUCAGAUCCGUACUCGAUCUCCCAUCGACAUGCACUGAUGUGCAAGGCUCGCACAGAUUGGGAACUGCUGAACUUGGCCUGGAGGAUUUACUUCGAAGGCAGCCUGGAGGAGAAGCGCAGGAUGCUGCAUCCAUGAGCCGCGUUGUCAACUGGGCAAAGUAGGAGGGGAAAUCGGAGGACCCGCGCCGCGCAACUCGGUGGGAGUGCCUGACGGGCCUGAUGCCUAGGAGGGUUCUGCCAUAGCCGGAGUAGGUGGAUCUGCUGCCGUAUUUGUCGCCGAUUCCAGCGAUGGACUGAUGGCUGCGCCGCAUACUACAAGUUUCAGUGCUGCACCAGUUGGACCUCCAGGAUCUAGGCAAAAGGAUUUGGGGGGCUCAGGUUUGCCUUUUGUGGGAGUGCACCUCAAUUACCUAGCUGAUAACAUUUGGGAGCAGGAUCAGGGGAUUUUAGCCUCAUCUGCCCAGCUUUGUUUCUCUGCUUAUCAUAAACAUCACCUAUGCGUGCAUGGAUUGGAAUGGAUCCCCAGUGAGCAAAAGCUGGAGCGAUCCUUGCAUAGCCCUGUCUCAGAUAUGCUCGCAACACAGAGGGGGUAGUUUGAUGCUGGGGGAGUGGUUGCGCUCGCGGCUGCUGGCUCUGGCCAGGAAAAUGGCACUGCUAUGUUGGUGAUGCAGAGAUAAGGUGGAUUCAGAUUCUUUCAGAAGGAGAGACGCGCCAAGAAAAUUGUCAAAAAAGUGCUGACGGAGAUGCCAUCAUGGAGGGCCUGCUGCCUUGCUGCCAUGGUGACUGGGCAGAAGAGUUCCAUACCCAACUUUGGGCCCCUAUAUAUAGGGGCGUGCCUGCAAACCCUAACAACACUUCUUCCUCCACCCCACUCCUCAAGACCGCCUCCACCACAGCUUGGGUGGAUUGUGCUAUGGGGACAAUCGGCGCGGCCGCAGGAGGGGCAAGAACAAAGGGGGGGUAGAGGGGAGAACAUGGGUCCUUGGCAACAAGAGCAAUCGCUGCAAGCUCAAAUGGGGCCGCACAACAAUUCUUUGGGUACGACUUCCACGGAGCUCUAUCGCCAUGGGACUUCCCUGGGCAGUUCCCACCCCCGUACCCUCAGCAGUAGUGGUUUAGCCCCCCUCCACCACCGCUUGGUCCACAGCAGGGGCAAGGCCCUGGGAGCUCGACAGAUCCAACUUCUGUCUCGUUUGGGAGCCAGGUCAGCAACAGAUCCCAGAACAAGAAUUCACAGAGGAAGAAGCAGGAUCAGGCAGCUAAAGUUUCUCCAGACCCAAUCACUGGCUUGAUGUGGUCUGCUACAAUAGUGAUGAUCCUAGACAUCAUGUGGACAAGUGUGUGAAGCCUAAAAAUUGCUUCAUUUGCAAAAUGGUCACCCACAGAGUAGACAACUGUCCUGUCAGGAAAACGCCACAUACUUCUGCUAGAUAUGUUGGCAAUGCUGCACCUGGACUGGGGUUUUACCAUGUGGAUGAACCAACUGUUCAUGCUCAGCAUCUUGGUGCUUUGAAGAAUGUUGGCAUUGUUCUUGUGGAGUCUGGAGAAGUUACUAAACAGGAGCUGACUAGUGAAUUUGUAGGUAUCUAUAAGACAAAUUGGCCAUGGCCUAUCAAUGCUUUGGAUGAAUGGUUCUUCCUAGUGAAAUUCCCUCCUGAAAUAUAUGUGGUACAAGUUGUUGGGUAUCCUUGCUUUGGUCUCAAGAAGGAUAAUGACAUUGUUAAUUUGGAAGUUUGGAAAGGUGACGUGGAGGCUGAAGAUGAUCUCUAGGAGGUUUGGAUCAAAAUUAGGAACUUGAAUCCCAAAUGGUGUGAAUGGUCAAUGCUGGACCAGAUCACCUCUACUCUAGGUGUGCUAAAUGAUGUGGACCAGCAACAUAAUUCCAGGUCCUUCUAUGAGACUGUCAGAGUUAAAAUUGUGUGCAAGGACCCUUAUAAGAUUCCAGAAGAAAGGAUGUUUGGGAUUGAUGGAAAAAUCUAUAGGUUUCUGAUUGAGGUUGAACCUCUCAUACCUCCUGCAGACCCAGUCAUUUCCACCAACCCUUCCUCUGGUACUCAACCAUCCAUGGAUACAGAACAUAGGGACUAUACUUCUGAGGAAGAUGGGUCUAACAAGGGCUCUAGAACUGGGUUUGAUCAUGGCUUUGGUACUGGUUGUGAAACUAUAUAUUAACCCUAGAAACCAGUCUAUUGGCCAUAACCACCUAAUUAGUGAAGUGACUCCCACCUCCCACUUGAAGACUCACCUCCCAGAAUCACAAUACUCACGCAGGGUCAGUAACUUGGAAAAGUUUCUGAAUUCUGUGCAAGGAGAUGUUGUGGGUUUCAACUUGCUCAGAGAGUUGGAAUUGAUGGGUGAUGAUCUUGAAACUGAGGAGGAUUCUGAGGACCUGCAUGAUGACCAGGUGGACUCUAAGAUUGGAUUAACUCACAAUGCCUCCAUUAUAGAUGAUCAAUAUGAGACUGAAUUUCCCAGGCUCCCUCAACCCAAAAAUUCAACCAAAUGGCGGUCUGUUCAAGCUGUCAAAAUGAGGUCAUGGUUGGCUGGUGAUAAAAGAACCAUAAUUGAGAAAGCUCAGCAAUUCAAGGAGCUUCAGAACCUGGAGGUACCUACAUACCAUGGUGCUCAGAUUGAUCCUGAACACAGUCAGGAACUGGACUAUUCUGUCCCCAGAGUUGUGCAAGGAAAGACUGUUGGUCUUUGCAGCACAAAUGGCGAAAUUCCUUCAGAAACCAAUGAUGAUCACUUGUGGAUGAGCCCACAAAACAUGCUGGCGUUUGACCCAUGGAGGAAACUAAAGAUCUCUGAAGACGAUGGGGGCUUCUUGUUUCCCAAGAAGAGAGACAUCGGUGACAAACCUGUUUUGACUAGCCCUAUGUAGACACUCAUCAACUGCUGGUCUCCUCAAGCCACUGCGACGCCACCUAUGAAGACCAGCAGGGCAUCUCAGGAGGUCACCUGCAUCCAGUAGUUUCCCCCCUCGACCACCAUUUUAGUUGUUCCCAGCCUGCCUUGUAAUAGGGCGUAUUAGAUGAACUUGUUUUUAAUUUUUCUUGAUGUUUCUUUCCGAACUGCUCCUCUAAGUGAGCUCAUGUAAGGAACUAUGUCUGAGGGUUUCUUUCGAGCAACGGGACCGGGGAGGAACCUCCCUGUUCUUCUAAAAAAUAUAGAUUAUGAUAGGUUAGGGGUUUUUAAGAUUGAUCAAAAUCUUUUAGAUACGAUUCCUAUCUUAUCUCUAGGAGCGCCUUCUUGCCCUCCAAGUCUUGCACUCUAUAUAUACUUGCCCUCGAGGCUCAAUAAUACAACCACCGCAUUACGUCAAUCUCCCUCUCUAUUCCCUUUACAUGGUAUCAGCCUAACUUCGAUCCAAACCCUAGACGCCGCCGCUUCCGCACUGCGCCGCCCCGGGGCGGUCGAUCUCUAUGGUAGCCACCAGGGGUUGCGCCACCUGUACCACGGGUUCGUCUGCCGAUCCAGUUGAUCGGCUGCCCCAUAGAGUCUUUUCCCCGAUCCUUUGAUCUAGGUUUUCCUCUCUCCCCGGUCGCAUUGAUCGAUGUCUUCUUUGUGGUUCUCUGAUCUAAGAUCGGUCUGCAUCACCUACUGCCGCCGUCGACCCUGCGUUCCUCUACUCCUACACCGGCGCGACCGCCUGGCCUCUUCUCCGAAGCGAUGACCUUGGGCGAUGUGGCGGCCCAUCACGGCUGUCGCCUGUGCGUCUGCCAGCCCGUCGCUGCCCCGCUGCGAAUGGGCCUCCUUCAUGACCACUUGCCUUCGCCACAUAUGUACGUCCACCUCCGCAUGACGCUGUUGUCGGAAUUGGGGCUCCGCAGACCCAAGAUAGGUUCAAACUCUGGGGUGUGCGCGAAGAACUCUACCAAGUUUAAACCUGUUGCUCACUGCCUCACGGCCUUGCUCCGGCGUGCUCGAGCGGGAGGGAAGGAAAGGUGGACACGGUGAUUUACCCAGGUUCGGGCCACCUUGCCGUGUAAGCCCCUACUCCUGCUUUGUGGUGGAUUGCCUUGCGAGGAGGCUGAGUAUGAACUAGUAUAAGGAUGAACUACCUCGUGAGGGCUCAGGGUUCGGUCUCUGGAUCCGAUCCCUCUCUACGGUGGCAUCUAACCUAUAUUUAUACUGGCCCGGUCCUCCUCCCCCAAAGCUCUAGGCGGGAAGGGGAGUCCACAAUGGCCAAUUUUGAAGGGGGACAAUAGUACACCCUAUCCUGACUAAAGGUGGUCUUCGCCUACAAAGCUUCUGGUUGUGAUGCAUAGGCGGGCUUGGCGAUGACCUCCGUCCUGCCGAGCCCGCCGUCCUGGUCCUAUUGCACCAAAGAGGCAACCCUGGGAACCCACGCGCUAGCCUUGUCCCUUUAGCACCAAAGCGGAAAACCUCUCAGUUCGCGCCCGCUGGCACCCUUCUAGCGCUGCUCGUCAUGGCUCGCGUCACCCACGUGCAUCGCGAGCGCGGGGUGGUGAGCCUAGAAGUAUCCCCCCACGAGGGGCCUCGGGAGGCUGCCCCUAACGGAGCCCUUGGGUGCCUUACAAUGCUUGCUCUUGCUCGCCUCGCGAGGCGAGGGCCUCGCGAGGCUCUUGCUUGGGGAGUCUUGACACUGGGCCAGGCCGGGCCCUUUGAUGAUGCCACACGAUGGGCCGCAGGCAGACAUGCCUAGUAGCCCCUGGGCCCGUGGCGCGCAUGAUCCUGGUUUGAGACGAAGGCGAAGAGGAGAGGGCGAAGAAGUGCGGCCCCCAACCGCCUGUGGGCCAGGCUCGACGCGUGGCGCACGACGGGGCACGGGACGCCCCAACUUCCCCACGUCGCUGCGGCAACUGCCUAGGCUGACAUAAAGCCUCGCGCGCGCCAUAGAGCCAUCAUUGCUCCCUUGUCCUGCGUCUUCCUUGUCCUGCCGAGAUCCCCUUUCUCUUGCGCGAGCUUUCUCCAGAUCCAAACCGAGCAGCUCUUCCUUCCUCCUCGCCGGCGCCGGCGACUUCGCGAAUGGCGCCCGCUGGGAAGGCGAAGUCCGCAGCCCCAGCCGCGAGUUCCUCCUCCCUCGCGCCAGCGCUCCUGACCUCCACCGUCGCUGAGGAGAAGGACCUUAAUCCGGUGCUUCCUAUGAUAGCCGACGACCAUAACGAAUGGGGUGCGACCCAGAUAUGGCCGGGCUUGGCGCGCGGUGCAGCCUGGGGGAGUCCGUCUACCCCUUCUUCCUCCACAACAUCUUCGCCGGGCUAGUUUCGCCCUUCUCCGAGUUCUUCUACACCAUCCUUGCGCAUUACCAAAUCCAUGCCCUCCACCUUCAGCCAACUCCAUUCUCCUCCUGUCCAUCUUCGCCUUCUACUGCGAGGUCUUUGUGGGCGUGAGGCCCUCGGUGGCGCUCUUCCGCUACUUCUUCAGCUUGCGGUUCACCGCCCAGGGCUAGUGAUCCCUGUGUGUCUCCAACGUAUCUAUAAUUUUUAUUGUUCCAUGCUAUUAUAUUAUCUGUUUGCA